AUUAUUUUUUUAACCCCUACGUAGCAAGGGAGAUUCUUCUUCGCUUCCAGCGAAGGAAAGCGUAUUCCUCGUGACCACUACCCGCCUACUCUCCCCUCCUUCCCUCUUCUUUUCCCUGGGCUUAAAUCGCUUCCGAAGCAGCUCCUACCUAUUCCAUUCCUCCGUACCCCGCCGCGAUUCUUUUGAUUCUGCUUGAGCUGUGCUUGCUAAUAAUGACAUCCGACGGUGCAACCUCCACGUCGGCGGCGCCUCCCAGGAGGAAGCCGUCCUGGAGGGAGAGAGAGAACAAUAGGAGGAGGGAGAGGAGGAGGAGAGCCAUAGCCGCCAAGAUAUACGCUGGCCUUAGAGCUCAAGGUAAUUAUAAUUUGCCUAAGCACUGCGAUAACAACGAGGUCUUGAAGGCUCUAUGUUCCGAGGCUGGUUGGAUCGUUGAAGAAGAUGGUACUACCUACCGCAUGGGAUGCAAGCGACACCCAAAUGAUAUAGCGGGAACUUCCGCUAAAAUCACUCCAUACUCUUCCCAAAAUCCAAGUCCACUCUCCUCAUCAUUUCCAAGUCCAAUUCCUUCCUACCAAGUAAGUCCUUCUUCCUCUUCCUUCCCCAGCCCCACUAGAAUCGAUCCCAGCACCUCUUCCACAAUCCUUCCUUUCCUUCGGAAUGCAAUUCCUUCAUCUCUACCACCUCUUCGAAUCUCCAAUAGUGCCCCUGUGACUCCACCAUUAUCCUCCCCAACCUCAAGAAAUCCCAAGCCAGUGCCCAACUGGGACUCCAUUGCCAAGGAGUCCAUGGCCUCCUUCAAUUACCCUUUCUAUGUGGUGUCUGCCCCAGCUAGCCCAACCCACCGCCAAUUUCACACCCCGGCCACCAUACCUGAAUGUGAUGAAUCCGAUACUUCAACUGUUGAUUCUGGUCAAUGGAUAAGCUUUCAGAAAUUUGCCCCUUCUGUCUCUGCGGUGCCUACCUCCCCAACCUUCAAUCUUGUGAAACCAGUGGCUCCGCAAAUGUCCCCCAAUGGUUUGAUCAAUGAGGCAGGACGGAGUUCGGAGUUCCAGUUUGAGAAUGGACAGGUGAAGCCAUGGGAAGGGGAGAGGAUCCAUGAAGUGGGAUUAGACGAUCUAGAGCUUACCCUUGGAAAUGGAAAGGUUCGGAGUUGAGCUGGGAAGACCAUUGAGUAGCUUUCCGAAAAUGAGUGAACUAAUGUUCUCGCAGUUUCGCGAUUUAUACAGCCAGACUUUGAAGACCAGCCACAUUUCCAGCAAGCUUCUCCCUGGGAGUUGCGUAUGUUGAACAAAACUUGCUUCUUAGGAGUUAUGAAACUGUCAUUUCAAUUGCCGCUUGUUCAUCUUCCCCCCUUUUCUGUUUGUCAUGCCUUGCCCUUUUGAAAUUGUUUAGGAAUUGGGUUGUUUCACAAGCAUUGCAUGUAGAUAUCUUGGGCUGGUUAUUGUUGUUACAAAGUUUAUCUCUACAGUAGUCUUGUUAAAACCUCACAAAAUUAAAGUUCUUUCAGGUGUUGUGUACUGUUAAUGCUGUAUUUUGUUGGGAACCAA